UUCUGUCCUCUCAUCUCUCUCACCGGACAUGGAAGCAGAAGGAUACUGUGACACAAGACUCGGGCUUGGACUAGGUGGUGAUAACCAUGAGCCAUGGCCACAGAAAAAGAAGGAGAAGCCGGUGGUACGUUUAGACCUCUCAUUCACACUGUGCCCGAAAAACGAUGCCAUGGAUAUGGAUCAUCAUGACAAGGCAGAUGGGAUAUGUUUCAAGUCUGAAGAAGAUGAAGAAUAUGGAAUUAAGAGACGUGAUAAUUCCAUUGAUAGUAACAUCGAUGGUUCUGGUAGAAAGAAACUCAGGCUUACAAAAGAGCAAUCCAGCUUGCUCGAGGAGAGCUUCAGAAGGCAUACCACUCUUAAUCCGGCUCAAAAGCAUUCACUUGCCGAGCAAUUGAAUUUGAAGCCAAGACAAGUUGAAGUUUGGUUUCAGAACAGGAGAGCAAGGACCAAGCUGAAGCAAACAGAGGUAGACUGUGAGUUCUUGAAAAAAUGCUGUGAAAGUUUAAGCAAUGAGAAUAGAAGAUUGAAGAAAGAACUGCAGCAGUUAAGGUCACAGAAAAUGGGACGAUCGUCACCAUUAUACACUCAGCUUGCCAAGGAAGGCACGAUUACAAUGUGUUGUUCUUCAUGUAAAGGAAAGUAUCACGACUGACGAGAAAAAUGUAGCGGUUUUUGACAUGGUCCA